CGAACGCCCUUUGCGCGCCCACGGGUCAUUCGGGGCGUAUGGAGUACCCGAUGGACUGGACUAACUUUUCCGAACGUCAGGUGUGGGCUCUCCCACGACAGCUCUGCGCAUAGACCUCCAGAGCCACAAGGGGUCCUCAUGCCUUCUCCUGCGGACCAUGUCCAUGAUCCUCUUUGCCUGUGUGGUACGGCUGCGGGAUGGACUGCCCCUCUCGGCCUCUACUGACUUUUACCACAGCCAAGAUUUCCUGGAAUGCCGGCCCCGGCUCAAGAAGCUAGCCUCGAGACUGGCCCAGUAUCCGGGCCGAGGUUCCGCGGGAGGCCGUGACUUCAGUAUACAUUUUUCUUCUUCAGGGGACGUGGGCUGCAUGGCCAUCUGCUCCUGCCAGUGUCCGGCCGCCAUGGCCUUCUGCUUCCUGGAGACCCUGUGGUGGGAGUUCACAGCGUCCUACGAUGCCACGCGUGUCGGCUUAGCCUCCAGGCCGUACGCUUUCCUCGAGUUUGACAGCAUCAUCCAGAAAAUGAAGUGGCAUUUCAACUGUGUAAGUUCCUCUCAGAUGCAGAGAAGCUUGGAGAAAAUUCAGGAGGAGCUCAAACUCCAGCCUCCACUGGUUCUCACCCUGGAGGACACAGAUGUGGCCAAUGGGAUGCUGAACGGUCACAUGCCGAUGCACCUGGAGCCUGCUCCUAAUUUCCGAAUGGAACCGGUGUCAGCCCUGGGUAUCCUCUCUCUUAUUCUCAACAUCAUGUGUGCUGCUCUGAAUCUCAUUCGUGGAGUUCACCUUGCAGAACAUUCUUUACAGGUUGCCCAUGAGGAAAUUGGAAACAUCCUGGCUUUUCUUAUUCCUUUUGUAGCCUGUGUUUUCCAGUGUUACCUGUACCUGUUCUACAGUCCGGCCAGGACCGUGAAGGUGGUGCUGCUGCUGCUCUGCAUCUGCCUGGGCAACACGUACCUGCACGGACUGAGGAACCUGUGGCAGAUCCUGUUCCACGUCGGGGUGGCUUUUCUGUCGUCACACCAGAUACUGACGAGGCAGCUUCAGGAGAAGCAGUCUGACUGUGGAGUGUGAGGAGGGCCCGGGUGCUAGACGGAGCUUUGAUUUCCUCCUGAGGGUCGAUCCGUGCUUCCCUUCCUGCUUCUCAGCUUCCCCUCAAGUUCUCAUGCUUGAAGUUCCUUUCAACCACACUGGACUGGAAAACCGGGACCUGGAGAUUCCUAGCAGGUUCCGUGGGAGCCGCGAGGGCGCAGGAGACUCGGUCUUGGUUUGUGCUGAGCGUUACUGCAGUCGCCAGCCAGCACGUAGACUUCGGGGAGCAGACUCCUCGGGGCUCAUUCAGAGAGACUUACCGGUAGAUCAGAAUGGAAAUAUUUUGGUCUUCUAAAUUGAGUGGUGCAAUAAACCACUAGAUUCAAUAACGCUUGUUCUAGCAAUCGGCAGUUACCGCCAAGGAACCACUUCAAAAUUCCAUUCAGGGUCAGCCCUGUAGCCUAGUGGUUAAGGCAGCCAGAUCCCCGUGGCCAACCACUUGGUUCAAAUCCCUGCCCCUGUGGGCACACGGCAUUGCUAUAUACAGACCGGAUAUGUGUGUACGUGUCCCCCAAGUCCUGAGAGGAUAGAGCUGGAAGAGAAGGGUUGCAGUAUGACCAUGCCCCGUUGGGGGGUGCUUCCUCCCCCUCCCUCUCGCUCUCUCUCCCACUCUGUCUGUCUGUCUGUCUGGUGAACGCACAUGCCCUCGGGCAGUUUUUUAAAAAUCCAAGUCAGCUUUUUGGUCUAAAUAUGACUUGAUUCUUUUUUUUUUUUUUUUUCCUAGAGGAUCAGUACAGGGUGAAUUAAAAACAUAAAAUAUGGGUCACAAAUAUAAGCUAGAUAAAUUUUGUUUACAUUUUUUAAUAGCUUAGGUUUGAUAUAACUUUGGAAUAUUUAAAUAUAUUUUGGAUAUAAAUUGAACUUCAUUUAGGGUGAGGACAAACGUAGGCUGAGAAAAUCGUUAAGAAAGGGAAAUACUUUUUGUAAUGAGUUUAUUUAAUUUAUAUAUAACCUUCCGUGGCAGUGGACCUUGUGGGUACAGAAAUGUGUGGUAUGUAGCUGCAGAGCAUAUAUGAAUAUUUAAAAACGGAAUUGAUACUACCACUGGGUUGUAAGCUGUUAAGUAUAAGCAGAAAUGAGAAGUUCAGGGUUCCUGACAAUCGGCCACAACCUGGAGUAGGGCCAUGACAUGGAUUCAGUGACGUUCCGCUUGGCAGAGGCUGCUGUCUUCAGCCUUUUAA